UGUCAACACAAGAUCGAACGAUUCAAUCGAACCACAUGAAAAGUGCGUGCGCGCUCGUUUGCAUCACGAAUGCCGACAACUUGUCAGCCUCUUACUUAGUGUCUACUUUGUAUGGAACAGGAGAAGAUUCAUUCCGACCUUUUCCACCAGAACAUCCCGAAGUGGUAUGAAUUUGACAGUUGCAUUGUGGUGUGUUGGAUCGGCUUUCGUUUUUUCCGCGAGUGCAAUUGCAAAACACGACGGGUGCCCAAGGUCUCUUCUUUAGUAGAUGGAAUAGUAAUGAUGACAGUGCGGGAGCGAUCGCCCAAGAAAGUGGCCCCGUUCCUUGAGGCCAAAUCGUCGAGUCAUCAUUAUUUUGAUGUCAAAAGAACCAUAGACACGGUCGAGGCCCAGGAGGUUGAUCCAUCUCCUUCAAACAAUGAUCUUGACACACAACAAGAAUUGGAACGGAGAGGAAUUGGUGCCUUCUCACAUCGGCUGAAUGCCAAUUGGUGCCAAAUUUUGCAGAUCAUCUUGAUGAGCUGCACCUUGGCUCCCUUGAGACUUUGUUGCUUUUUCAUUGUUCUACUUCUCAAUUACUGCGUUUGUCGCGUGGGUUUAAUUGGUUUGUCAGAUGAUCGCCUAAUCGAAGGCCCACUUUUGGGAUGGCGAAGAGGCCUUCAAGCGAUCAGCUACGGCUUGGGCCGUAUCAUGUAUUUCACCCUGGGUUUGCAUUGGGUGACCAUCAAAGGCGACCAAGCCAGUCCUCGAGAGGCUCCUGUUUUGGUUGUGGCACCGCAUGCCACUUUUGUGGACACCAUUGCCGUGAUUAUGUCUGGAGCCACACCUGUGGGCAAAGACGAUUUCAAAGACCUGCCCAUAUUGGGCGUGAUCGGAAAGUUUGUUCAAAUUCUCUUUGUGAAGCGAGAGAACCCCCAAUCACGAAAACUUGCUUUGCAAGAGAUCCGUAAACACACAUUUGACAUCUCGAAGUCCAAAGCAGGUGAGGUGACGUGGAGGCAGCUCCUCAUUUUCCCUGAGGGAACUUGCACCAAUGGAAAGGCUCUGAUCUAUUUCAAAGUGGGUGCCUUUCAGAAUAACGUGCCCGUUCAACCGGUGAUAAUCCGCUAUCCGAAUCGACUUGACACCCUUACUUGGACUUGGGACCAAAGCUACGGGGCUCUGGGAUGCCUGUGGCUCACACUCUGCCAAUUCUACAUCAAGACCGAGAUUGAGUUCUUACCCGUCCAAAUUCCAGCGGGUUCCGCAGCCCAGGAUCCCCGUGUAUUCGCCCACAAAAUCCGUCAAGUUAUAUCUGAUGCCAUGGGCAUUCCGGUGAUUGACCUUCGGUUGGAGGAUGGCAAACUCUCAGUUGGCUCAAGAGAUGUUCUUCAUGUGGUGAUUGAGGAAGACAUCAUCCUGGAUCCUAGCAAACUAGGUUACAAUUACGUCGAUUUCACCGGGAAUCUGGGAUUAGGAAUGUAGCUCAACUUUUACGUUAUCAAUAUCUUGGCGUAUUGAAAAAUAUAUGUUUCUACAGUGUAAA